AUGGACACUCCUGAGGCACCCAUUUAAAAUUAUGGACAGUCCUGAGGCACAGGCCUUUAAAAUUAUGGACAGUCCUGAGGCAAUUUUUAAAAUUAUUAACAGUCCUGAACAGCACCCUUUAAAAUUAUGGACAGUCCUGAGGCACCCUUUAAAAUCAUGGACAGUCCUGAGGCACCCUUUAAAAUCAUGGACAGUCCUGAGGCACCCUUUAAAAUCAUGGACAGUCCUGAGGCACCCUUUAAAAAUCAUGGACAGUCCUGAGGCACUUUUUAAAAUUAUGGAUUUAAAAAAUAAUGAGGCACCCCUCUCUAAAAUUUUAGAAAGGAGUGCCCUUUUAAAAUUAUGGAUAGUCCCAAGGCACCGUUUAAUACUAUGGACAUUUUGAGGCACCACAUUCUAAAAUGGGGUGCCUCAAGAC